AUGGCGGUGGAAGAUGUGGUGGUGGUAGGUGCAGGGAUAGCCGAGCUGGCCACAUCAAUGGUUUUGAAGAGAGCAGGAAUUCGGGCCUUGUUCACUUUCAGUGAAUCUCCUUCUAAGAGGGCAAUAAUAACUGAUCUUGGAACUGGAGCUGAGAAAGAAAUCAAGUUCACUACAGCCAACAAGAUUGUAAGUGAACCUAGAACAAUAAAACAGAAAACCUUGUUAGAAGAGUUGGCAGAUGAACUAUCCAUUGAAUCUAUUCGCUUCUCUUCCAAGGUUGCUGCCAUUGAAACACAAACACAAGAAGGUUCCUCCAUUGUCAUCCCUUAUUUGGAUGACGGUACCAUUAUCAAAACUAAGGUUUUGAUAGGGUGUGGUGGGGUGCAUUCAAUGGUGGCACAAUGGUUAGGGCUUGGAGCAGCAGUAAGUGCAGGACGAUCAGCAGUGAGAGAUUUGAGUGUGUUCCUUGAGGGCCAUGGGAGCCUCAAAUUCCAGCAAUAUGUAGAUGUGAGCAUAAGGGCUGGAUUUAUUUCUUUCAGUGAUAAAGAGGUCUAUUGGUUCUUCACUUGUACUCAAUCUAUUUCUAAAGGCAAUGUCUUGCAUGCCAUGACACCUGAACUAGCUCAAGGUGGAGCUAUAGCUCUAGAAGAUAUAAUAGAAGCAAAAAUGAGGAAGAAGAAGGAAUUUGGCCGCUUAUAUUUUCAUUCAACAUCAUAG